GGUUUUCACUAAAAAUAAUAUCUCAUUGCUUAUCCAUACUAUAUACAUACUUCAGGAUUCUUGCUUAAUUCAAAGUUCUUAACUUAUAAAUAUUUCAUUUUUGUAGGAUCAUGGCUAGAAAGAUACAUCGAGUACACCCACCUCAGAAUGAUGUAACAAAUGAAGAUGAAGAUGGAGAUGAUUCUGAUGUUGAACAAACUAGGCGUGAGGAUGAGAGGGGUCGAACUGUACUUGCUGAGGUGGGGGAUUCAAUUAAAAAAGGGCAUAAAAUCCCUUUAGAGUGGGAUCAAGUUACAAAAAUACCAUGCGGAGAUCAUAAAGAUACCUUUUCCACAUAUCUCGGUGUAAUUGCUCGUGAAAGAAUAUGCAUCACCUAUAAAACAUGGAAGGAUGUUCCUAGAGAAGUCCAAAAUGUAGUGUUUGAAUCGGUUAAGAAAGGGUUCAUAGUGUUAGAAGAGCGCAAAGAAUAUAUCUUGAGGCAAGCUGAUAAUCGAUGGAGAGCUUUCAAGACUAGGCUAAGAAAAAAGUGGAUGUACCAUAAAAAAACUGGAAGGCUAAGAAAGAAGCCACCUGUCAAAUAUCCUUGGAUAUAUCAAGCAAUUUGGGACAAGUUUGUUACAUGGAGUACUUCUGAUGAGUUUAAGGAGAAGAGUGAAAAAGGUCGACAACGGUCAAAUCUUAAGACGUCAAGCUAUCGAGGUGGCUGACUUGGGUACCAAUAUUAUAGAGACGAGAUAGCAAAAGAAUUUCUGGCGAAAGGGAUCCAUGUCGAUCAGAUUCCCAGACACGAGGCUUGGUUACGAGCUCAUGCAGUUGUGAAAAACGGAAUAUACAUAUUCAAUAACCCAAUUGAUCAAGUGACCGCUAAUGUAAUUAAUGAUUUGAAAGCUCGGGCAGAAAGAGGUGAAGUUAUUUUUCAUAGUCGUCGUGAUGAUAUUUUGGCAAGAGCACUGAAAAAGAAAGAGCGUGGUGGAUGUGUAAGAGGUGUUGGGUCUGGUAUCACAAAUAAGCAGUAUUUUGGGUAUAACAAACCAAUACCACCUAGCCAUAUGCUUUCCCAAAUCACAUCUUUGAGGUCGGAGAUGGGGGCAAUGAGAAACCAACAGAAUCUUGUAAUGUCUUGUUUGGCAACAAUCCUUAACCCAGAGCAAGUGAAGCAAUUACAACAAUUACAAAGUAUUGGUGUUGGCCGUCAACUUGGUGAUGUUGGUGGUCAAAUUAAUCAUUUAAGUGACUACAACAAUGUACAAUUUGAUGGUAUUCAUGGCCACUCACAGAGUUUUGGUGAUCAAGGGUUGAGUGGUGCUCAAACUUCUAAUUUAGAUAACUCAGGGAACAAUCAUGGUUUUUUUACCCAACUACUAACUGGUGGUAUUAGUGGUCAGGGACAAGUUGUCAACAGUCCUGAAGGUCAUCGGGAAACUCGACCUAUAGCUCAACAGAAGGAGCCAGAUCAGCUAGAGAAGGAGUUAGAGCAGGAACCUUACCGUGUUUCUUGGCCCGAUCAACUUCAAUCUCCGCAAAACAUGCACUCUAGUGUUGAUUGGCCAGAGACAUAUGACCCUUUGUCACUUAGUGACCUUCCUGAUCUGCCUGAGGGUAUGCAUGAUUGUUGCUUGGCGAUCGAGGAUAACAAAAAAAUCAAGAUUGUUGCAAUUGGACAAGUUUACAUACCGGGAGAAAAAAUAGUGGUGAAGAAUCACUUUUUUGAUGUGUCCUCUGAAAACCGCCGGGUCUCCAUAACUGACGAUGUCGAUCCGACUGCACUACUACCAUGUCCUGUGUCGGGGUUCUUAUUCGUUUGUGAAGCGAAGGAUACUUUUGUUCCAUGGCCAACAAACUUGAUUUUUCCAAAGAAAAAGUACUUUCCUCGGGUUCCUGCCACUUAUUCUCAAGAAAUGGUUGAUGAGAUACGAGACAAUUUGGUAACUUAUGUUUUGAAGCAUAUGCAAGUCAACAAUCAAGAAGUCGGAGAAAAUGAGUGCAUGGAUGUUGAUCAAGAAUGACUUUUAUAGCUAAAUAUUUUGGAUAUUCAUAUUUUAGUAAGAAAAAAUGUUUUAGGAACGUAUUUACAUGGAAUUGUAGAAGAAAUACCUUUUUUGUGUGAUUAUUGUAAGGAAUUUUGGAGGAUGUUUAAUUAGGUACACUAGUUUAAUUACUGAUUUGGAUAACUGCGACAAAAUUCAAUUCUUAUGGUUGUU